AUGUCGAAAAUCAUGGAUGAUGUUCAGAAAGAUGUUAUUGAAAUGGAGAAUCUCUUAGAAACCGAUUCUUUACCUACAGUGAGACAUGAAUAUGAAGAAGUGGAGUAUAAUGGGGAGAUUCUGAAACUAUAUCCAUUAGAUUACCAAAAAGCUCCGAUUGUGCGGUAUCAAAUAGCCGCCUGUCUUUUAAUGUUCAUAGUUUUUGGUAUGAAUGAUCAAAGUAACGGCUCACUGCUGCCUACACUUAUGUCACAUUAUAACGUCUCGAGGAUGAAAGUAGCUAAUCUUUUCCUGAUGCAGGUGAGCGGGUAUACAUUGGCCUCACUAAUGACUGAGAAAGUUCAUACUCUAAUUGGAACUAGAGGAGCAAUGGCUUUAGCUUCCUUUCUAUGUGUGAUUUUUUUCAGUAUUCUCUCUUUGAAGCCACCUAAUUUUCUGUCGUAUUUGCUAUGCUUUUUACCAUUAGGCCUGAGCAUCGGGAUUUUAGAUUCAACUGGUAAUGUGCUCUUUGGUAACCUUGAAAUCAAUAAAAAUGAAUGGAUGGGUAUUUUACAUGGUCUUUACGGAGCGGCAGCUAUGAUUACGCCACCUGCUGUGUCUUAUUUUGUUACUUAUGGCAACUGGAGCUCUUUCUUUCUACUUCCACUGGCUUGUUCUAUCUUAGGUCUAUUACUCAUGCUUUAUGCUUUCAGAUAUGAGACUGCUAACAAGUAUAACUACAUUUGUUUUGUAGCCAGGGAAGGCAAAGAUGAUGAGCAACAGCCAGGCUUUCUUAAACUACUCCGCAAGCCGGCAAUUAUGAUGUACGCUCUUUAUCUAUUCAUGUAUCUUGGUUCGGAAGUGUCAACAGGGUCGUGGAUGUUCACUUAUCUUCUAGAAGUGAAACAUGGAGAGAUGGUGCCAAUGUCAUACGUGACAUCAUCCUUCUGGAUUGGGUUAACUGUCGGCAGAUUAGUUCUCGGUUUCGUCACCAAACGGUUUUUCAAGAAUGAAUAUCGAGCAAGUGUCUUUUAUGGAAAUUUGACUUGGUUUUUCUACACGCUGUUUCUCCUCAUUGGCCUAGUUCAAAAAAACUCUGUUCCUUACUUCUUCGUACUAUCAGUCAGCAUCUUCUUCGCGGGAGUAUUUAUAGGACCAUUGUUUCCUAAUGCAAGUGUUGUGGCCCUACAAAUCUUGCCACGAAACUUGCAUGUAAGCGGUGUUGGUAUGGCUGUUGCUCUGGGCGGCUGCGGCGCUGCCGUCAUGCCUUACGCUACUGGCUUAGUUACCCAUUUAAUCGGAUUAUCAUGGUUUCCAUUCCUUUGCUGGAUCAUGGUAACCAUCGUAAACGCAAUAUGGCUUGCCUAUCCAAAGUUUGUAGGAGGUCAAGAGGAAUAUUUAUGA